GAUCUGGGAGCACGAACGUUUCAGGCUGGAAUUCCCCUCGGGCCGCCAGAUCGCGUUACGCGCCCGAGCUAUAAAAGACCGAGGCGGGCAGGGCUUGCCCAUCGGCACCAGCCUCCCUGGCCCAUGAGAGUGGCUAGCGGCUGCGUCUCCCCUCGCUGCUCUCUGGAUUAGCUGCCGCUCGCAGGAUUGCCAUCGUUGCCAUCGCAGAAGAGCUUCAUGGCAGGAUCUUGUGAGAUCAGCAACAUCUUCUCUAACUACAUCAGUGCCAUGUACCAGCCGGAUGAGGUACAGCCAGCCUUGGACAUGCUGGGACACCCUGGAGAUGACAGCACCCUGGGGCUGAGCCUCCCUGCCAGCCAGCCCCUGGCACAGACCACAGACAAGCCAGAGUGGUUCAGUGAGCUCCCGUACUUCUGGACCAAGGUGCAGGUGCUAGAGUGGAUCAGCUACCAUGUGGAGAAGAACAAGUACGACGCCAGCUCCAUAGACUUCUCCUGCUGCAACAUGGAUGGGCACGCGCUCUGCCACUGCACCAGGGACCAGAUGCGCCUCAUCUUUGGGCCCCUGGGGGACGAGCUGUAUGACCGCCUGCAUGAGAUCACCUCCGACGAGUUGAACUGGAUCAUUGAUUUGCUGGAAAAAGAGGGUGCAACUUCCCAAGAAACCUUCCUGGACUCCAGCCACCUGGAGCUGGGAAAUCCCUGUGACAAGGACUCACUGGAGGACAUGAAGCCCACAAACCCUUUCCUAUCCACAGACUUCACCUGCUUGCCUGGUGCCAUGUCCCCAGGCAGCUCCGAUGUCUCAGGGCCUGUGAUGUCCCACAGCCCCAACUCCCAGGACUCCGGUGGAAGUGACCUUGACCUUGACCCCAUGGAAGCAAAGCUCUUCCCUGACGAUGGCUUUGCGGGGAGCAAGAAAGGGGACAGCAAACACGGCAAGCGGAAACGGGGACGGCCCCGAAAAAUCAGCAAGGAGAGCAGAGACUGCCUGGAGAGCCGGAAGAGCAAGCACUCCCCAAGAGGUACCCACCUGUGGGAGUUUAUCCGGGACAUCCUGAUCCACCCCGAGCUGAAUGAGGGGCUGAUGAAGUGGGAGGACCGGCGGGAGGGCGUCUUCAAGUUCCUGCGCUCAGAAGCAGUGGCUCAGCUCUGGGGCCAGAAGAAGAAAAACAGCAGCAUGACCUAUGAGAAGCUGAGCAGAGCCAUGCGAUAUUACUACAAACGAGAGAUCCUGGAGCGAGUUGAUGGGCGACGGCUGGUGUACAAGUUUGGGAAGAACUCCAGCGGCUGGAAGGAGGAGGAGGUGCUCAACAGGAACAAGGAGCUGUAGGAGUCCUGGACGAGCUGGGGUCUGACAUGCCCCUCAGGGCCAGCCCUGAGCUGGGCUCCUUGGCAGGAAACUUUGCCUGAAGCUGUAUCUGGAAGACGCUGCCCCGAGCAGUGUGUGAAACUCCAACCCUUGCAUGGGCACACUCGUGCGUGCUGGUGACUGCUGGCACUGAGAUCUUUAAAGCUAAUAUUUUGGCUCCAGUAGGUUAUUGCAAACCGUUAUUUCCCUCACUGGAUUUGUACCUCCGACUGGAGUCACAGUAACUUUGGCUGUUUCAAAGCCUGGACAAAUGCAAAGGGGAAGAGAAGUUCAAGUGGCAGCUGGCACCACCAUGAGAGGCCAGCAGGUCUCCUGCUGUCACCCACCACCUGCCUGGGCAGAGGGGCAGCGCCACCAUCUCGCCUGUGAUCAGACAGACCUUGUCCCAGCUGUGGAGUCCUCCCUCAUCACUGCUUGUGCAGAAGAUGGCCACUGUCCCGUUUGCUCUGCGUGGGAUAAAUGAGCCCCCUGCUGUGCAGCAGCUUCUCACUGUGGCACCUGCUGAGAGAAGAUGGGAACACUGUGGAGCUUCAUCUGGCCCUGGAGAGCCCCCAUAGGGGAGAGGACUUGGGACAGCAGGGCCAGUCUGCAUCUUCAACCUGGCUACCGGUAUCUAGAGACAGGUCUUUUCCCCAAAAGUAGCUUCUAAUUUAUGUAAGACCAAAAAAAAAAAGUACAGAAUGAAUGUACAGAUAUAUUUUUUCAUGAGUAAGAUGUUCCCGUGUGAGAGUGUGCAUUGUAGGGCAUACACGUGCCUUGUGGCAGGCGGUGGAGCUCAGCUGGACUGAAGCGAUGUCAUGGGGCACAGACUGGCUCUGUGUCAGCCACAGGAGGAGGAUGCCAUCCCAGCCAGGCACCCAGCCAGGUGCAUGUGGUUUCCUCCUUUUUGAAUGGGAGCAUAAGAGGAAUAAACUGUUGUUUGGUUGGUGUUUUUGUA